UUUAAGUGAGGCCACGUUUUGUAGCCUCUUCUUCACAACUUUUUUCCUUCUUUCCUCCUCCUCAACGCUUCUAGGGUUUUAGCUUUUGCUUCUCUCUCUAGACCUUUCUCUCUCUUCUCCUCCCAAAUAAUGAGCAACGACAAGGAAAGCUUCUCCAUGUCCGAUAUCGGCGCUGCUUUGAACGAAGAGGAUUGAGCAGACCUUGUGAACGCUCUCAAGAACAAGAUUCAGAGUUUGGCUGGGCAGCACUCUGAUAUUUUGGAGAGCUUGUCGCCGCAUGUCAGAAAGCGGGUCGAGGUUCUUAGGGACAUCCAGGAGCAGAAGCCGAGAGUAAUUGUACCCGCAAGAGCCAAUUAGAACGCCUGCAACAUAAAACCCAGAACCCUAACUGGUAAUCUUGAGUCGUCUUCUUCAUCGUUUUACUGCGGAAAACUGAGUUGGGGCUCAGCAAAAAUGGUGGUGAGGAUCCGAUUGGCCAGGUUCGGAUGCAAUAACAAGCCCUUCUAUCGAGUCAUGGCCGCCGAUAGCCGCUCUCCGAGAGACGGCAAGCACCUCGAGGUCCUAGGCUACUACAAUCCCUUGCCAGGCCAAGAUGGUGGUAAACGAAUGGGUCUAAACUUCGAAAGAGUGAAGUAUUGGCUGUCUGUUGGUGCUCAGCCUUCAGAGCCUGUGCAGCGCCUUCUUUUCAGAGCAGGGUUAUUACCCCCGCCACCCAUGGUGGCAAUGGGACGUAAAGGAGGGCUGCGCGACACACGUCCUGUGGAUCCUUUGUCUGGGCGCAUCUUGACUCCGAAUGUUCCAGCUGACCCUGAUCAAGAAAAUAAAUCCGAAAGGCAAUGAAAAUGAUGGUCAAGACAGUGCACUUACAUCAUGAACUCUCCAUUAGAGUUUCAAUGAUAGUUUUUUUAAUCUUGUAGGAGUACCUCUUAUAUUGGACAACAAAACAAGCGAAUUCAUCUUGCUGAAAUAUGAAAAAUAAGUGGGAUUCACUAAA